GGAGGGUUAUAACUCUCAAAACAGAGUCAAAUUUCGGGUUGUGCUUGCAAAUAUAAAAUUGAACAUGAAGCUAAUGUUUGGUGCAGUUCAAUGGAUGACAAUGGCACCAUGUUUGCUAAAUUACCUCUAGUGGGUCAGAGUCUUUGAAUUUCUUCCUUGAAAGAACAUUUCUCAUGCUGUUUUUUAUUUAAAAUUGAGGAUCACAAUCUUGUUUUUCUAAAGAAGGGUAGUUGAAAUGGUUUCAAGUGGAAUGACCACCUUGAAAUCAUUCUUUAAAGGUUUCUAAAUCACUUUCUUGGCAUGGCUAGCCACUUUCUUGCAAUGAAAUAGUCAUGAAUCAUCUAUUAUCAGAAUGCCAUUAUAAGUGUGCGAAGUCUUUGAUAGCCAAGCAAACCAUCGAAAGUUUAGAUCGCCUGCCUUCCCUUGAACCAAUGGCCAAACAACUGCACUCCCUCCUUUCUUCUUGCUUGCUUUCUGUCACUGUAUCCAUAGUUCUACUCCAUAUACCAACUCGAGUACAUUCAGUAACAUUGAAAUCAGAUGUUGAAGCCCUUCAGGCACUGAUGCAGGCCGUCGAUCCCGUCUCGAUUGUGAGGUAUUCCUACCUCCAUAGCUGGGAUUUCGCAUUCGAUCCAUGUGAGGCUGCAGGGGUAUUUCAAGGGAUCUUGUGCACAUUCCCUACAGACAAAUCGGCCAACCGUAUAAUGGCAAUUGAUCUUGAUCCUGCUGGGUAUGAUGGCUUUCUAACAGCAUCGAUCGGGAAUCUGACAGAGCUUACCUCCCUUAGGAUAAGCAAAAACAACUUUCGAGGGCCAAUACCAGAAACCAUAGCCAACCUUCAAAAGCUCACCAGACUAUCAUUGACUCAAAAUCUCUUCACUGGGAGAAUACCUCAAGGAAUCAUUAAUCUCAAGCAUCUUCAAAUCUUAGACCUGUCACAAAACCACCUCUCUAGCAAAAUUCCUGCCGAUAUUACAACUUUGAGAAGCUUGGUGCAGUUAAGCUUGUCAAACAAUGCAUUGUCUGGCAGAAUUCCAGACCUCUCCGCAUUGUGGCAGCUGAGCACAUUGGAUCUUAGUAGCAACAAUCUAGAUGGAAUUGUGCCCAAUCUUCCAAUGAACUUGAGAAAAUUGUCGCUGAGCCAUAAUGUACUAUCAGGACACGUUUCACCUGUGAGCGUCCUCCAACACCUCACAGUACUAGAUUUGAGUGAUAACAGGUUUUCAGGUCUCAUUCGUCAGGAAAUUCUCACUUUGCCUCUGGUGGAACGCCUUAACAUCUCAAAUAAUCAAUUCACGGAAAUGGAGCCAUUGCCAUACCCUAGGGAAGGUUUACAGCUUCGUGUGCUGGACGCACACGCUAACAGGCUGCAUGGUCAUCUGCCCAUCAGCUUGGUUAAUAUAGCGAAUUUAUCAUCAAUUGAUCUAUCCCAUAAUCAUUUCUCUGGACGAAUCCCACUAGAAUAUGGAGCCAAACUGGGGAGUUCAUGGAAAAGCUUGCUCUUAGAAGACAAUUUUCUGAUAGGAAAUCUUCCACCGCAGUUUAUUAACGGGACAGUGGCAGUUAGAGCCAACCUUGCACACAAUUGCUUAAGGUGUCCACCAAACAUUCGGUUUUGCAGAGGAGGGCAAAGGGCAAACUCAGAGUGUGACGGGCAGCAAGAUCACAGCACUUGAGAAGUUACUGUGAAUUCACAACGGAUCAUCAAACAAAUUCCAUGUACUCAAGCUUAUAAUAAAGUCCAGUGAGGCAAGCUUCCACUUCCUAAUCAAGGGUGGGAUGCGAGUUUAAUUUUCAUCCAAAAUAUAGUUCAGUGGUUCCAGCGAAGGAGAAGAUGUCAUAAUCUAUAGUCUUCAUUAAUGCAUUUCCAGUGUUGAACAAAUUUCCAUUUAUCCAUAGGAUAAAUUAAUUAUCUGUAAUGUUGCAACUUACAUUUUAUCAACACAUCAAACAACACAGACUUUCCCAGAUUUCAA